UGCCUCAACUCUAAAGCCUAUUUAUUAAUUGAAUUUCUUAGUAAUCAUAAACCUGUAUUGUGGACUGUAAUGAACCUGCAUUAAAACAUCGGACUGCCUAGUGAUUAUUUUCAAUGUUUUCUCUGAAAAAGUUGUGUGGGUUUCUUGCGACAGGUGAAUUCCUGGUUUGAUUCCAACUUGUUUAGUGUUUACAAUUUUUUAUUGUUUUUAUACAACACUCUUAAUUCCAUUGGGCCAUUCCUGGAAACUGCUGACAAUCCUAGUCUGCGACGGCCCCAAAACCCGAAAAACCAACCAGUUUCAUCCUUAAGUAUUUUCGAAUUUGCUGUGUAAUUUGAUAACCAACCCAUUCCUGUCUCUCGUUGUCUUCAUAAAUCGCACAUGCAAGUGUACAUGGCACCGGAAGCAUUAAACUAAUUUAAUUAAGCCCGAGCUUGUAACUGCGGUCCUGUACUGCGUUGGUUCAUCAUGCUCUUCCACUUUUAUUGGCUCAUAUUCUGAUACCAGUUCUUAUAUCAAGCUUUCAUCGCGUUAACUAACUGUUCUAAUACACAACAAAUUUCGACUGGUACUCCUCUCAGGUCACUACAUCUAUGCAACAAUGACUAAAGACAUUGGAGACAAACCAUAAAAAUGUAAUCAACUAGGCAAAGUUGGCAAUUAACAAACUGCCUUAAACAAAAUGAAGCCGAUAACAUAAUUAACGCAAUAGGAACAAGUUGUAGAGAGUGUAUGAAAUUACCUGACUGAGUACGUAGUUCGGACAGUGCUUAUUGACGAAACGCAAGGUUGCUAUUAGUAAAUUUAAACAAUGCAUUCUUGCUUAUAUGUGAUGAUUAUCAAUCGGCUGAAAACAAUCGGAAGUGGUGAACAAUUUUUUUGUGCCUAUCAUUAAAUGUGAAACACAUGGAUUACAUACUGAAAAGGAAAGACGGUCUUCCAUCCUGUGAGGAAAUCGAAAUGCAAAACACAGUUAGUCUUGAACCGUUAGGAGUAUAUGAUGUGGUUGAUUUACUACAGCACCAUUACGCUAUUAUCUCAGGUGGCAAAUCGAACGAUGGCUGUCCAAUUAUUACGUUUCCCGAUAACAAUAAUUUUCAGAUGCUUUCGGAUAUUGAAUAUCAACGCCUAAUGUUAUAUUUAACUUCAGUGCCUACGCUUCAAGAGGCAGAUAUGGGCUUCCACUUAGUAAUAGAUAGACGUAAGGACCGCUGGAAUUCCGUAAAAACUGUCCUUUUGAAGAUAUCCGUAUUUUUUCCGGGUCUAAUUCAAGUGGUUUACGUUUUACGGCCAGCAAGUUUCCUACAGAAAGCACUAUCGGAAGUGAGCAAUAAACUGUUCAAAGACGAAUUUAAGUUCCGGAUGAUUGUUCUUAGCACUGCCGAGGAAUUGCAUGAGCACGUUGAUCCUCAUCAAUUAACAGUCGAUUUGAAAGGAACUUUAGCAUAUAACCAUCAAGAGUGGAUAAACCAACGAAUAGAAUUAGAGAACUUUUCUUCUAUUACUCAAGAGGUGUCAAAUGCCUUGGAUGAAUUCACGAAAGUAGUCGAUGAAACUGAGCUUCCGAACACCGUGGAAUCUACCCAAGAGCUGCUGCUUAAGCAAAAGGAAUCCUACUCAGAUCUGAAACGGAAUAUUUUGUCUGCCGCCAAAAUUGGGGAGUCUUUGCUGUGCAGCAUCAAAGAAAAAAAUAAACCCGAAGAUGAAAACUCUGCGCCCGAUAUGAUAGGGAAUGUGUUCGCAGUGGAGCGAUUAUUAGUGCAAUUGGAAGAAACAGAAAACACAUUUGACGACUUCUGGCAACAGCAUUCAACCAAACUUCAACACUGCCUAGAGCUUCGAAGAUUUGAACAAGACUUUCGGGAAUUGCAAGCAAAUUUUGAUCUGGCGUUAAGAACAGUCUCCGAUAUGAGUGAGUUUGGAGAAACAGUCGCGAGAGUUGAUACACUGAUUAAGGAAACGAAUGCUUUUGAGAAAAUUUGCCAGACAGAUAUCCAAAGAGCAGAAGAAGCAGUGUCUUCAGGACAGUUGCUAAUGAGGACCAAAAAUACCUGCCCCAUUGAAUGCGUGGAGCCCAAAUGCAGCGAACUUUUGAGAAUGAAAGAAAUGCUUCUUAACAGACUAGUGAAACGGAAGGAACUGUUAUCUAAGUGUCGAGAAUUAAUCGAGCGACUGGAAAAGGUGAAUAGCUGGUGCGCUACAGGGGUGACACUACUCACCUCGCAAAAUAUCGAGCAAUGCUCAAACUCCCCGGAAUUAGCGCAGAAAUGUAUAAACGAAAUUCGCAACUUUGAAGCCACAGCCAAAGAAUUCAUGUCCACUGCUCAUAAGGAUUUCAGGGAUAUUUUCGAGGAUAGCGUUACUCCAGAAACAAAGCCCUUAGUUUUGCAGGUGCUGCAAAGGACAGACGAUGUGAUACUUAUGUGCGAACAACGGAUAUCAAAUUUGAAUAAAAUUGCAGCGAAAAUUAAGCGUCCAGUUCAGACUGUUGUUCCAGAACCUGCAGUGCCAAGGCAGCCCUUAGUUGGGGCUCCCCAGCCAGCAAAGAUAUUUUUGAAAAAAGCUUAUACCGUUCCUAAGAUGGAUUCAACAUUAGAAGCGGAGCCAGAAAUCACCCCAAAUGAGACCCGAAUCUCACCAGAAAAUGAUGAACUCAACAAGAUUAAGACUGGCCAUGUCUUGAGUGAAUUAUUAGAUUCCGAAAGAAUCUACGUCAGUGAAAUGCUAGCUAUUAUUAAGGGAUAUAAAGAUGAGGCGCAUCUGGAGCAGCAUCAGCAUUCCAUACCGGCUAAAGCUCUUGAAAAGUUUGAUGUCAUAUUCGGGAAUCUGGAUGAAAUUUACAACUUUCACUCAGAGUAUUUCCUGAGAGAUUUGGAGAAUUGCAUCACGUCGUCUGAUCUGGUGGCGCUUUGCUUUGUUCAAAAAAGGGAGAAGUUCCUGAGGCUCUAUAGUUUCUACUGUCAAAAUAUUUCCAAAUCUGAGCAACUGCGAGAAAAUUCCAAUGAACUGAAGCCAUUUUUCAACCAAUGCCAAAAGAACUUGGGACACAAAUUGCCCUUGGCUGCAUAUCUUCUGAAGCCCGUGCAGCGCAUCACCAAAUAUCAGCUGCUUUUAAGCCACCUACUCAGAUACUCAGAAGGAAGCAAAUGUUGCAAAGAACUACAACAAGCGCUCGACUGCAUGUUGAUAGUCCUCAAAUGCGUUAAUGAUUCCAUGCACCAAAUAUCCAUUACAGGAUUUCCUGGGGAUUUAUCCCAGCAAGGUGACCUCCUGUUGCAAGGAUCAUUUUCUGUGUGGGUGGAAAAUAAAAAGGAUUUAAGACUGAGGCUGAAGCCGUUAAGAAGGCAUUUAUUUCUUUAUCAAAAGUCGCUGGUCUUCUGCAAGGCGCCUUCAAAGUCUGAGCGAAAUAAGACGACUUAUCAGUUCAAACAUAAUUUGCAAAUGUCCCAAAUCGGACUAACUGAGACUGUUAAAGGCGAUGCGAAAAGGUUUGAAGUGUGGCUUCAAGGCAGACAGGAAGUUCAUAUUAUUCAAGCCACAAAUUUGGAACAGAAGCAUGCUUGGGUAAAUGAGAUUAAAAAGGUUCUUUAUAGCCAACUGGAAGAGAUUAAAGGAGAAAAGAUCAAGCAGUACGCUGCCAUUACGCAUAGGCCCUUGAAGCAGACUACUUCAUGGGAAACGCAAAAAUCUGCAGCUUCAGUUGGGGACGGACACCAAAGGGCGAUGAGUUGCGACAAUGAGCCCCACUCUAAUCAUGUAGAUGAAGGAGUAGAGUGUUCUGAGCCAGGAAACUGGUCUUCGGAUGCCAGCAAUAGCGACGAUGACAAUGAUUUAAUUGUCUCGAGAGGAAGAUAUCUGGCUUUGGCUGAUUACUGUGCCAUCGGAAGCAGUGAAGUCAACAUGCGAGAAGGAGACAUCGUCGAACUUUUGAAAGUGGGUUGUGCUGGCUGGUGGUUUGUUAAAGUCGUUGGAAAUUCUGUGGAAGGUUGGGCACCUGCAGCUUACCUGGAGAGUCUUAGUCGAAAAGCCUUUAAAGGCAGUAGUCGAAGCCAGGAUAGAUUGAACGAGCAUUGAUGAUCGGCCAUUUAAAGACAUUUAUUUUUUCUAUGACUUAACUUUGUUAUUGUGAUUUAUUUAUUUAAUUUUUACGUUGCCUGUAGCUAGUAAUAUAUGUACCACUUAAUGCC